AUAGCUGAAAAAAUUUACAGAGCUCGAAAAGUUGCAGACAUUAAUCAUCAAUGGCAAGAACAUUCAAGAACUAUUCCUUCAUACUAAACCCAUCAUUAUUCUACCACUUAAUUUCAUCAUCUCCUUUCAAAAAGAAAACCCCAAGAUUCCAUCGCCAUCUAAUCUCAUCUUCAUCAUCUCCACCGCAUCUCCUUCCACUCCUCUUCAUAUCUUCUCUCUUCUUCCUCAUAGUAAUCGGAUUCUUCAUACCCAUUUCUCGUAACUCUGAUCCAUGUUCCCUAAUUCCUCAAUCACCCUAUUCAGAAAACCCCAUGUUCUUAACAUCCCUCCUUGCCAUGACUUCCAAUGUUGGAAACAACCACUUUUCUGAUGAACCCACUCUCUCAAGAACAUCAAUGAUGCCAUUACCCAUCAGAGCUGUCUCCAUCAAGAACACAACGAAAGACGAAGCUGAAUUCUGGAAACAACCUGAUGGAGAAGGAUAUAAACCUUGUCUGGAAUUCGGAAUCGAGUAUAGAAGGGAAUCAAACAGGAUUUCGAAAGAGAAGAGACGGUUUCUUGUUGUUGUUGUUUCAGGCGGAUUGAAUCAACAAAGGAAUCAAAUUAUCGAUGCUGUUGUAAUUGCAAGAAUACUUGAAGCUGCAUUGGUUAUUCCUGUAAUGCAGGUUAAUCGCAUUUGGGGAGAUGACAGUGAAUUUUCAGAUAUGUUUGAUGUUGAACAUUUCAAGAAGACGUUACAAGCAGAUGUUCGAAUAGUCUCUUCACUUCCUUCAUCUCAUUUGGUAUCAAAACAGACAGUCAUAACUCAAAUCCCAUAUGGGGUUCCUCCUAUUUGGAUUCGGGCUAGAUUCUCCAAACAACUUAAGGAAGAAGGGUUACUAGUAUUGAAAGGACUCGAUUCAAAGCUAUCCAAGAAUCUUCCAUCUGAUCUUCAGAAGCUCAGGUGCAAAGUGGCUUUCCAUGCUUUAAGAUUCUCAUCUCCCAUAAGGGAAUUAGGAACUAAACUCGCCAAUAGAAUGUGGAUCGAAGGACCUUAUGUUGCAAUCCAUCUCCGGCUAGAGAAAGAUGUUUGGAUUAGAACCGGAUGUUUAACCGGUUUAGGCCCAAAACUUGAUAGAAUCAUUAGCAAUGACCGUGAUUCUCACCCUGAAUUCCUAACCGGACGGCUCAACUUGAGCCAUAUUGAGAGAAGACUUUCCGGUUUAUGCCCUUUGAAUGCCCAUGAAGUGGCAAGGCUUAUGAAGGCACUUGGGGCACCAAGAAAUGCAAGGGUUUAUAUUGCUGGUGGAGAACCAUUUGGUGGUGCUUUAGCCAUGAAAGCUUUAUUUGUUGAGUUUCCUAAUUUGAUUACAAAGGAAAUGUUGGCUAAAGAAGGUGAGCUUGAACCUUAUGCAAAUAAGUCAUCGGCUAUGGCUGCCAUCGAUUACAUUGUUUCAUUAAGUAGCGACGUUUUCCUCCCUUCUCAUGGGGGUAACAUGGCUCGAGCCAUGCAGGGGCAUAGGGCAUAUGUGGGGCAUAGGAAAUUCAUAAGGCCAAACAAGAGAAUGAUGCUUCCUUAUUUUGAGGACGAUGAAUAUAUUUCUAACCCGAGAUUCAGCUCUAUUAUUAGAAAGUUGCAUCACCGAUUGCUUGGUGAACCGGAGCUGAGGACAAAGGCGAGGGAUAGAGAUGUGAUCGCGUUUCCAGUACCCGAGUGUAUGUGCAAGCAUUAGGGUUUCUGACUUGUAAUUCUUUGUAAAAAUGAACUCAAAUUGUGUACUACUAGUACUAGGCAAUUGGAAUAGUUA